AUGAUAACUGUUCCUGACUCAUCUUUAUCUCAUGAAACAAUAUCUUCUAAACAGAACAAUAAUAAUUUCGGAAUAUAUUCUAUUGUAUGGCUUGAUGCUUCAAUUAAUUCUCAGAACAAUAUAGAUACUCAAAAAAGAAUUCGAUCAUCGAUUAAAUAUUUAGAAAUAUACGAAAAACUGGAUGCAUGUAAAAACUAUAUAUACUCAGUGUCGUCACAUCAUCGAGUUAUCUUAAUUGUUAGUGAUUAUUUUGGUCAACAAUUAAUACCUGAAAUUCAUAAUCUUCCACAAAUUUUUUCAAUUUAUAUACUAUGUAAAAAUGAACAAUGUCAUCAUCAAUGGAUUCAACAAUAUGAGAAGAUAAAAGAUGUCUAUCAUCAAUUCGAUGAUGUGAUGAAUAGAAUACGAACUGAUUACUCAAGAAGAAAACAAGAUAAAUCCGAUGAACCGAUAUCAAUUAGUUUUUCUAGUUUAAACAAAAGUUCUGAAAAAUCUACAACUGAAAUUGAUGGUCAAUUUGUUCAAUCUCAAUUACUAGUUGCUUGUCUUCUUAAAAUGAAAACUACUACAACAGAUAAAAAUGAAUUUAUUUCAGAAUGUCGAAAAGUUUACAAAGAUAACAAAGCACAAUUACAGUAUGUAAAUGAAUUCGAAAAAGAAUACGCACCAGAAUAUGCAUUAUGGUGGUAUACGAGAGAAACAUUUCUUUAUCGUUUAUUAAAUAAAGCACUUCGUGUUCAGAAUAUUGAUCUACUCUAUCUCUUUGGUUUUUAUAUUCGUGAUCUUGAACAAGAACUUAAACAACAUCGAUAUUCAUCACCUAUUCAUGUCUAUCGAGGUCAGUUAAUGUCUAUUGAAGAAUUAGAUUUAUUGAAAGAUUCAAAAGAUAAAUUAAUUUCGGUGAAUUCACUUCUUUCAACAACAUUUAAUCGUGAAUUGGCUCUUAUGUAUCUUGAUUCAUCAAAUAAUGAUAAUAUGUUGCAAAAAGUAUUAUUCGAAAUUGAUGCUGAUCCUUGUCAAGAUGGUAUAAAACCAUUUGUUGAUCUUUCAAAAAUUAGUAUAUUUCCUGAAGAAGAAGAAAUAUUAAUGAUGUUAGGAUCAGUCUUUCGUGUGAUAGAUAUUUCUCAUGAUGAUAGUAAUAUAUGGCAUAUUCAAAUGAAUUUAUGUAGUGAAAAUGAUUGUGAUUUACAAAAAAUCUUUUAUCAUAUGAAUAAUCAAUAUGGUAUAAAUAAUACUCGAUUAACUUUAUUCGGAAGUGUUCUUAUUGAUAUGGCUAAUUUUGAUGAUGCUGAGAAAUAUUUACGUCGGUUAUUACAACAAAUGUCUUCUCAACAUAAACAUCUUUAUAAAUGUUAUCAUGCACUUGGAAAAGUAUUAUUUGAAAAAGGAGAUUAUAAUUCAAGUUUAGAUCAUCUUAGAAAAUCUCUUGAAAUUCUAGAAAAAUCAAAAUCAAAUAAUUCUCAUAUUGCAUACAUUUAUAAUAGCAUUGGUGAAGUUUAUCAAAAAACAGGUGAAAUCAAAUUAGCAUUAGAAUCAUUUGAAAAAGCAUUAGAUAUUUUUAAAGAAACAUUCACUGAUGAUCAUGAAAAUAUAGCUUGGUGUUACAAUAAUUUAGGCAUAAUCUAUCUACAACAGAAAAAUUUUUCUAAAGCAUUGCACUAUCUUAUGAAAGCAUUGAAUAUUAAACAGAAAAUACUUCCUGAUGGACAUCCGUGUUUAGGUAAUACAUACAAUAAUCUUGGUAAUAUACAUUAUUAUUGUCAUGAAUAUGAUCAAGCAUUAGAAAAAUAUCAAUUAUCGUAUGAAAUUUUUAAAAAAUCUCUUACUCCUCGACAUCCUUCAAUUGCAAGAGUGCUCAAGAAUAUAGGUGCUGCUUAUGAAGCUAAAAAGAAUUUUAUUGAAGCAAAAAUAAAUUAUGAAAAAGCAUAUCAUAUUCGUAAACUUAAGUUAUCUUUAUCACAUCCUGAUUUUAUUGAAAUUACAAAUGAUAUUGAACGUGUAUCAUUUCACGUAAAAUAA